AAAAAGAAAUAAAACGGCAUUUAGCAACACAAGACCUCUAAAAAAAUAAACACAUUAUAAAAAAACUCACCUAAAAAGAACGCAGAACAAGCUCUUCAACUGAUCUUCCGCAACUAUUUUCAUAUCUCUCUCUCUCUUAGUUCGCCAUCUCUUUCUCUCUCUAAAACCAAAUCCUUCAGAUCAGAGGAAGAAGAAGACGACGAAAAUCAAGAGGAGAGAGAAAAUUCCUUCGCAACCCUAAUCAUGGUGGAAACUCGCCGGAGUUCUUCUUCUUCCAAACGUCCUCUUGAUUCCCCUCUUCCUGCUUCCAAACGUUCCAAGGAUUCGGAAGCGUCAUCGUCGACGGAGGAUAAGUCUGUUUCACAGCUGCCAGUUGAGGAGGUGACGACUACUGCGGCGGCAGGUAAUCAAUUGGGGGCUGAAUCGCGGGACCCACCUGAGGUUGGAUCCGCUGAUCUGCCGGUUACCGGUUCCGAUAAACCCUCAGAUUUGAAUUUUUCCGAGAAAUCUCCUGCUGUUCAAGUCAAAGGGGGUAUUGAGGAUGCGGUGGUGGAUGAGAAAGAAACAAAGACCGGUGUCAAGCGGCAACGCCUAAAGAAGAAUGUUCGAACUGAACCCGCCGCUUGGGGGCAGCUCAUUUCGCAGUUUUCCGAGAAUCCUCACGAGUUUAUUCGUGGUUCUCAAUUCACUGUUGGUCAUGGUCGUCAAUGUGACCUCUGGUUGAAAGAUCCUACUGUUAGUAAAGUAUUAUGUAAACUUCAGCGCAUAGAGCGAGGGAGUUCCUCUAUCAUCAGACUAGAAAUUACAGGAGGAAAAGGAGCUGUGCAACUAAAUGGGAAGGUCCAUUGCAAGAGUUCCUCACCUCUUACUGUAACUGGCGGUGAUGAGUUGAUCUUUGGCUCUGCUGGGACCGGGAGAUAUGCUUAUAUUUUCCAGCAACUCUCUAAGGACACUUUUGCUGCUCCUGGCUUACCAUCGUCAUUGGCCAUAUUAGAAGCCCAGAGUGCUCCAGCUACUGGAAACGAUACAAAAGCAAAAGGAAGAGAUUCGUCUUCAUCUGCUGCUGCUGGAGUACUGGCUUCGUUGUCAAAUAGCAAACGACUUUCUCGUCUUCCUCCCUCAAAAGGCAAUGAUGAGGACUCUGCUAUGGGUUCACUUUCUGGGGCAUCAGAUAAUGGUAUAUGUGACGUUGACAUGACUGAUAGCUUGGAACAUCAGGACUAUCGUGGUGUCUCCCUGAAUCAGAAGGAAGUUGGUCCUGUGUCUGAUGAGAAUAUGAACAUUGAUGAUGCGGCAAAGGAUACUGGCUUGGACGCAGAAGAAGGACCAGUUGCUGGAUCGAAUAAUGAACUGAGGCCGUUCUUGCAGCUGCUUGCAAGGUCGUCUACCUCUGAUUUUGAUUUUAGUAGCGGCCUCUUGAAAUUAUUGGCUGAGCAAAGGCAAAUAAGGGAUUUAUUAAAGGAUCUUGAUCGUCCAACUUUUGUUUCAACCCGGCGUCAAGCAUUUAAAGACGCUUUGCGUAAGGCUAUUAUUACUGCUGGUGAUAUUGAUGUAUCCUUGGAAAAUUUCCCAUAUUAUCUGAGCGAGACUACUAAGAAUGUAUUGGUUGCUGCUGCAUACAUACCCUUGAAGUGUAGCAAAAUGCUGAAGUAUGCGUCAGAGCUUCCCACUGUGUGCCCAAGGGUACUUUUAUCUGGACCUGCAGGUUCAGAGAUAUAUCAGGAAACUUUAGCUAAGGCACUAGCUAAGCAUUUUGGUGCAAGACUUCUUGUUGUUGAUAGUCUUAUUCUGCCUGGGGGACCAACUGCAAAGGAAGCUGAUACUUCUAAAGAACACUCUAGACCUGAGAAAUCUAGUCUUCAUGCAAAACGCUCAUCAGUUGUGGCUUCUCUACGACAAAAGAAACAAGCGUCAAGUGUUGAGGCGGAGAUUACGGGACCUGCUGUUGCAGCUCAGCGACUCCCAAAGCAAGAAGCAUCAACUGCAUCUUCUAAAAAGUACAUUUUCAAAGAAGGGGAUAGAGUAAAAUUUUUAGGUCCAAUGCCUUCUGGAGUUCCACCUUUAUUGCCAUUGAGGGGACCUUCAUAUGGUAACCGAGGAAAGGUUCUCCUUGUCUUCAAGGAUAACCAGUCUUCCAAAAUUGGCGUCAGAUUUGAUGAAUCUGUUCCUGAAGGUAACAAUCUUGGAGGCCGUUGUGAAACUGAUCAUGGUUUCUUUUGUCAAGCUGAUUCGUUAUGCUUGGAAAAUUCGGGUGGUGAUGAUGCUGACAGACUUGCAGUGAAUGAAAUUUUUGAGAUUGCAAAAGAUGAAUGUAAAGGUGGCCCUGUGAUUCUGUUUCUGAAAGAUAUGGAGAAGUGCAUGGCAGGGAAUCCCGAGGCAUAUGUGGAACUUAAAAGCAAGCUUGAAAAUCUGCCGGAUAAUUUGGUUGUGAUUGCUUCCCACACUCAAGCAGACAGUCGAAAAGAGAAGUCUCAUCCAGGUGGAUUGUUAUUUACAAAAUUUGGCAGCAACCACACAGCUUUGCUUGAUCUUGCUUUUCCGGACAAUUUUGGCCGGCUAAGCGAUCGAAACAACAAGGACACAUCCAAGAUAAUGAAACAACUAACCCGUCUUUUCACAAACAGAGUCACCAUACAGAUGCCUCAGGAUGAGAAUCUUCUAUUAGAUUGGAAGCAGAAGUUGGAGCGUGACAUGGAAACUCUAAAAGCACAGUCAAACAUUGUUAGCAUACGUUCUGUACUGAACCGCACUGGAAUUGACUGUCAUGAUAUUGAGACACUAUCGAUUAAGGAUCAAGCACUUUCUAAUGAAAACGCAGACAAAGUAAUUGGUUGGGCGUUAACUCGUCACUUCAUGCAUUGUGCCGAACCUUCUGUAAAUGAUUCAAAACUCGUUAUUUCUAGCGAAAGUAUUAGGCACGGGCUUAAUAUUUUGCAUGGUGUUCAAAAUGAAACCAAGAGUACCAAGAAGUCAUUGAAGGAUGUAGUUACUGAGAAUGAAUUUGAAAAGAAGCUUUUGACGGAUGUUAUUCCAGCUAGUGAAAUUGGAGUUACUUUUGAUGAUAUUGGGGCUUUGGAAAAUGUGAAGGAUACAUUAAAGGAACUAGUGAUGUUACCUCUUCAAAGACCAGAGCUAUUCUCGAAAGGACAAUUGACAAAGCCUUGCAAGGGAAUACUGCUGUUUGGCCCCCCUGGUACUGGAAAAACUAUGCUUGCAAAAGCUGUUGCUACAGAGGCUGGUGCAAAUUUCAUCAACAUUUCAAUGUCGAGCAUCACAUCGAAGUGGUUCGGUGAAGGAGAGAAAUAUGUCAAAGCAGUGUUCUCACUGGCUAGUAAGAUAGCUCCCAGCGUCAUUUUUGUUGACGAGGUUGAUAGCAUGUUAGGAAGACGUGAAAAUCCGGGUGAGCAUGAAGCUAUGAGAAAGAUGAAGAAUGAGUUUAUGGUGAAUUGGGAUGGUUUGCGCACAAAGGAUAGAGAACGUGUGUUGGUGCUUGCAGCGACAAAUAGGCCUUUUGACCUGGAUGAAGCUGUUAUCAGGAGGCUGCCUCGGAGAUUGAUGAUUGGCUUGCCAGAUGCAUCUAAUAGGCAAAAGAUUUUGAGUGUAAUUUUAGCUAAAGAAGAGUUGGCACCUGACGUUGAUCUGGCUGUGGUUGCGAAUAUGACGGAUGGAUAUUCUGGAAGUGACCUGAAGAAUCUUUGUGUAACUGCGGCCUAUUGUCCCAUCCGAGAGAUAUUGGAGACAGAGAAGAAGGAAAAAGCUUUAGCUUUAGCUGAGAGCAGAUCACCUGUAUUAUACAGUGGUGAAGAUGUCCGUCCUUUAAACAUGAGCGACUUUAAAUAUGCUCAAGAACAGGUAUGUGCAAGCUUCUCAGCAGAGUCCACCAACAUGAAUGAGCUCAUGCAGUGGAAUGACUUAUAUGGUGAAGGAGGAUCAAGGAAAAGAAGCUCCCUAAGCUAUUUCAUGUAGACGAGGUAUUUGUCUUAUAUAUAGUGAGAUGAAGAUCCUUAAUUUAGAUGAGCUUAGCUCCUGCAUGGAAUGAUUUAUAUGGUGAAGGUGGAUCAAGGAAGAGAAACUCCUGAGCUAUUUCAUAUAGAAGAGGUAUUUGUCUUAUAUAAUAAGAUGAAGAUCCAUAAUUUAGAUAAGCAGCCGCUCGAAAUUUUCCCGUCAUCUGUUCCCUGUUCAAAUGAGACUGACAUGGUGGCUACUCCCAUCCCAAAAGGUCCUUGCACCAAAGCCUCUUGUAUCCUCUUUGUAUCAUAUUUAGCCAGAUUUCUCCUCCCACCCUCCCUUUCCGGCCAAAUGUAUAGCAGUUGCAACUUAUAGGUUCCCUUCUCUAUCCCCCAACAAUUUUUUGGCUUCAAAAGCUACACCUAUUUGCUGUAUAUACUAUCCUGAGCAAUUUUAAUAAGCGAAUCUUGCAUUUUGUUUGUACAGUAACGGCGUAACCAUUUCUCAUCAUCAUAUAUUAUUACUGUUGCUGUGCGGUAAACCGUGGUUUAGUGGCACUUGUAAUCAGUUGUAGUGUUGCUGGGCGGUUAACUGUGGUUCAGUGGCACUUGUAAUCAGUUGUAUGAAGUGUAAAUUAUGUACUCAGAUACCGAGGUUACUUAAUGAUAGUUCAAUGGAAUACUUGAUUUAUUUAGUCAUAUAAUCAUAUCUAUGAAGUUACAGGGCAUUUAAUCUAGUUCUGUAGUUGCAAAAUGGACAACAUAAGCAUGUAUAUGUGUUUUGGGGAUAUUAAAUGAUGAAGUGGGUUAUACUGAUUGAUGUAAAUUAUGAUUUUCUGCUAA